AUGCGUGACUGGAGCACCAUGUCGCCUGCCAUUGAUGGUUCGAGCCUAGUGGCUCAUGCAACCAGCUUUCUCAACCGGCCGUCGUUGCUGGACGACGUGUCGCGCGAGCAGAUGCCCAGUGCUGGGCUCGAGAGCCAAAGCAACGCGCUGCCUCCUUCGCCACCCUCGUCUGGUGACCUCACUAUGGGCGCACAGACUGCUCUGGUUGAUUGGGAGAUGUCCUCGUCGACGCCCGGGUCGGAGUUCAAUUCCUUCGUACUGCCUGCGACGCCGUCGGUGACGAGUCAGGCGUCGACGCGCAUGCCCACGCCCAUGCUGAUCUCCGAUCUGCUGGAAUGGGAUUCGCUGUCGUCGACGUUCGACGCCGACUUCAACCUCAGUGCUCCUAGCAAUGCGCAUACCUCGUUCAUGCCCCCGGACGAUACCAUUGGCGCAAACAUCGGCGGACCCGUUGACUCUGUCGAGACACAGCCCAGCAAGAGCAUGGACAUGUACGGCGCUCUCAGUCAGGGUCCAUACCCUGUGGCAGUCACCGACGACUUUUGGUCGACCAAGAGCUACGCUGAACUCUACAUGGCCAUCAAGGAGGAGGAUCAGUGGAAGAAGACGGCGUUCGAGAUGCACGGCAGCAUGGAUGUCAAGCCCGAUAUGGCGCUUGGUCAGGGCUGCUUCCCGUACUCUGGCUACUUUGACGCCUGCACCUGUGGGCAAGAGCCGUGUUCGAAGGUGAGCCCCUGGACGCCUCUGCACGAUCCGAACAUUUCGCUCGUCAACGCUGCCUACCCCGAUCAUUCGUUCGACUUCAGCCCGUCCUUCAACGCCCCCACUAUGCCUGCUCUCUCUCGCCAUGACGGUUCGAUGGUUGCACACAUGGGAUUUGCGCCUUCGAUCUCUGCACCGCGCGAGGGAGGUUUAGGUGCGAUUCUUGGUGGUCUUCCUACUGCGGCGCUCUACACCACCGUGCCCAUUCCUCGACGCACGGUGAAAAGCAAGCCCAAGUCCAAGCCCAGCAUGCGAGUCAAGUGCACCGAGCUCGGAUGCACCAAGACGUUCUCGAGCAUCCAUAAUAUGAACGAGCAUCGACGCACGCACGUCUUGCCGCGCGAACGCGCCUACGUCUGCCCCGAAUGCCACAGCGACUACAUCCACCGUCGCGACCAGCACCGCCACAUGCGACACAAACACGGCUACCCCCCCAAGUCCCGCGCCCGCAAACAGACCUCCCCCAAGCCCAAAGACAACUGA